GGGACCCCAUUGAUGUGGGCAGGGCUGGGAGGAGAGGGGCACUGUGUCCCUGGAGAGAGAGGUCAAACCCCGUCUGUACACGAGGGCAAGCACACAACAUGAGAGUGGCCAUGGGGAUUGGUUUCUCAGCUUCACUGGCUUGGGUUUAGCAGGGACUUGGUCCUUAUGCAUGGCAUUUACCUGAAUUUACAGGACUUGGGAAGCAGUUUGUCCUCACACUAGUCUGAGGGGCUGUCAGUUCUAGAUGCCCAUGAGUGAUGGCCCCACACUUAGGGAUGUCUCUCAGCCUCAGAUGUGAUGAUUCUAUGGAGCCAGGGAAGCUCAAGCUCCAGACACCCACUUGGGCAAUUGAUAGUCAGGGAUGUGUCCUAGUACCAGAUAAAACACGGUGAUCCCCAGACCUGGGAACACCUCCCAGCCCCCAAUAUCUGAACAGUAAUCAGUGGGACCAUGGCUCUCUUGCACUUCCACAUUCUUCCCCAAAACCAGGAGUGUUUCUGAGCCCCGGACAGCCUAAGCAUGGGGUGGUCUGCAGAGCUGGGACAGUGAUCCUGGAGCUGGGAUGUGUCUGUUCCAAAUUCUAGAAGGCAAGCAGUGCCAUCUGGGUGCAGGAUGCCCUCUGCUGGCAGCCCCUGGGCGCCACCUUGUGUUCCCUGUCCCUUCUGCCUCUGCUCUCACAACUGGCUCAUGCUCCAUGAUGCAUUUUUUGGUGGGAGCUAGCUCUCCACCAAUAAAAAAGACUUCUAUGAGCUCAUUUCUUCCAUGAAGAAUGUGUCCCAACCAUCUCCUUCUUUAUGUGUGGUGGGAGCUGUGGCUUGGCACCCUCUUGGUUUCACGGGCUCACGCAGGACGUCUCAGCACUGUAGCUGUGGCCCACGUCCUGCAGAGAAGCCCACUGAGCCCUUCCUCUCCUUGCAUGCCCAGGACCACCGUGUUUGCCAAUGGCUCCCUGCUGAUUACCCAGGUGAGGGCUCGCAGCACCGGCGUCUAUAAGUGCGUUGGCCGUGGGCAGAGGGGGAAAACUCUUGAGCUGAAGGCAACUCUGCGGCUGGCAGAGAUCGAAGACAUGGCACCCUUCUCCCCGAAGGUGUUGACAGCAAACCAAGGGCAUCGCGUGUCCUGCACUGCCCCACAAGGCGUACCCACACCCCAGGUCUGGUGGGAGAGAAACCAGGAACGAGUUCCCACUGCUGGCAGGGUGUACCAAGAGGCAGAGCAGCUCAUUUUCACCAGCAUCACUGAGAUGGAUGCAGGGAUCUACACAUGCCAUGCUGCCAACAAGGCUGGAGAGAAGAAACAGGAGCUGAGCAUCACUGUGGCUACGGUACCCAAAUGGGUGGAGAUGCCCAAGGACAGCCAGCUGGAGGAGAGCAAGCCAGGAUACCUGCACUGCCUCAGCAAGGCCUCCCUGAAACCCACCGUCACCUGGUACCGCAACGGCGUCUCCAUUUCUGAGGACUCGCGGUUUGAGAUCUCGGAGAAUGGGACACUGCGCAUCAACAACGUGGAGGUGUACGAUGGCACGAUGUACAAGUGUGUGAGCAGCACCCCAGCGGGCAGCAUCGAGGGAUAUGCGCGAGUGCACGUGCUGGAGAAGCUGAAGUUCACCCCAACGCCUCAGCCCCUGCAGUGCAUGGAGUUUGAUAAGGAGGUUACAGUGUCCUGCUCAGCCACGGGCCGGGAGAAACCCACUAUCCAGUGGACUAAGACAGAUGGGAGCAGCCUACCAUCCCAUGUCAGCCACAAUGCUGGCAUCCUGUCCUUCCACAAGGUGAGCAGGAGUGACUCUGGGAACUACACGUGCAUCGCCUCCAACAGGCCACAGGGCGAGAUCCGCGCCACCGUGCAGCUCGUGGUAGCAGUUUUCGUCACCUUCAAGCUGGAGCCAGAGCCCACAACGGUGUACCAGGGCCACACAGCCAUGUUCCAGUGCCAGGCAGAGGGGGACCCCAUUCCGCACAUCCAGUGGAAAGGGAAGGACAAGAUUUUGGAUCCCGGCAAGCUCCUGCCCAGGAUUCAGAUCAUGCCCAAUGGCUCCUUGGUGAUUUACGACGUCACCUCUGAGGACUCUGGAAAAUACACCUGCAUCGCUGGCAACAGCUGCAACAUCAAGCAUCGGGAGGCCUUCCUGUAUGUUGUAGACAAGCCAACAGCAGAGGAUGAUGCAAGACCUGGCCACACACCCUACAAGAUGAUCCAGACCAUUGGGCUCUCAGUGGGGGCAGCUGUUGCCUACAUUAUUAUUGUGUUGGGGCUGAUGUUCUACUGUAAGAAGAGGAGAAAAGCCAAGAGGCUGAAGAAGCACCCAGAGGGCGAGGAGCCUGAAAUGGAGUGUCUGAACGGUGAGGCCGGCGGUGCUUUGCUGCAGAAUGGGCAGAUGACAGCAGAGAUUCAGGAAGAGGUGGCCUUGACCAACCUGGGCAGCAGCUCUGGGGCCAGCAAGCGGCACAGCGCUACCGACAAGAUGCACUUCCCACGUUCCAACCUGCAGACAAUCACAACCCUGGGCAGGGGGGAGUUUGGUGAAGUGUUCCUGGCCAAGGCCAAAGGCACAGAAGAUGGUGAGGGUGAAGCUCUGGUGCUGGUGAAGAGCCUGCAGACGAGGGAUGAGCAGCUGCAGCUGGAUUUCCGGCGGGAGGCAGAGAUGUUUGGGAAGCUGAACCACGCCAACGUGGUGCGGCUGCUGGGGCUGUGCCGCGAGGCAGAGCCACACUACAUGGUCCUGGAGUACGUGGACCUGGGGGACCUGAAGCAGUUUUUGAGAAUCUCCAAGAGCAAAGAUGAGUCUCUGAAGCCACAGCCACUCACUACCAAACACAAGGUGUCUCUCUGCACACAGGUGGCCUUGGGCAUGGAGCACCUCUCCAAUGGCAGGUUCGUGCACCGGGAUUUGGCAGCCAGGAACUGCCUGGUCAGUGCCCAGCGGCAGGUGAAGGUCUCAUCCCUGAGCCUCAGCAAGGACGUGUACAACAGCGAGUACUACCAUUUCCGCCAGGCCUGGAUCCCACUGCGCUGGAUGCCACCUGAGGCCGUGCUGGAAGAUGAGUUCUCCACUAAGUCGGAUGUGUGGUCCUUUGGGGUGCUCAUGUGGGAGGUCUUCACGCAUGGGGAGAUGCCCUACACUCCACUGGCAGAUGAUGAGGUCCUAGCAGGUCUGCAGUCAGGAAAGACGAAGCUCCCGCACCCCGAGGGCUGCCCUUCCCGCCUGGCCAAGCUGAUGCAGCGCUGCUGGGCCCCCAGCCCUAAGGACCGGCCCUCCUUCAGUGAGCUUGCCACCACCCUUGGGGACAGCCCAGCUGACAGCAAAGCCUGAACACCCCAGCCCUUGCUGGUGAAGGAUGUGGCGGGGUGGACAGGGUCUGUACGUGCCUGGGGCGCCCCUGGCACUCCCACACACAGCCCCUUGCUGAGCCCGACCCCAAUGCGCCAGCGAGCAGCUCGGCAUCAGCAGCUGCUGGACUCAAAGCACAAGCCAGUGUACCCCAGCCCCACCCCCUUCCCCAGUGGGUCCCAAAAGACAGCCCUUGCUGCCUCCUGCCCCCUGCCUGCUCAGCCCGGUGCCCUCAGGCUGCUGGUGUGGAUGGAGCGCAGCUCCCCCUCCCACGGCAAGAGCUUGGGCGUCCCUGCUCGCCACAUCCAUCUCUGCCGGCCUGGCCCGGCUCUCUCUCCGUCCGUCUGUGCUAGGCAUGCCUGCCUGUCCCUUCCCCUGGGGACAGGCCAGCCAACAGGAGCACAAAGUGCCUGGCAUAUGAAGGAGCUCACUACCUUUCCCAGUUACCCUGUGCCUUUUUUUGUACUUAAGACUCUGGGCAGAGCCCCCUGUCUCCCUCUUCCAGAGCGCUGACUCCUCCCUACCAUAGUAUUUCUGUUACUGAAAUGCAGCCUAGAGUGGGUUAGUUUGAUUGCUUGAGUGGAGGGUACUGCAGCCAAGAAGGGUUGGGUUUUGUUGGGUUUUUAUGUGCUGCUCUCAAUAAAGAAGGCGCUUUUUUUUUUU